CUAAGAAUACGCUCGGUGCUUUUUUAGACGAUUAAAAAGACAUGGACCACCUCUUGUCAUGUAUAGGUCCUAGUAUAUAAAUGGUUGCAGCCAGUAGUUCAUGCAUUAGUUCAAACAACUGGAAGUAAGACAAUGAGGUCUUAUUUCCUAUUAAUGGUCCUUAUUCCGGCGUCAGCACUUAUAGUAGAAGAUGUAUUUCCACCAAUGUUGGAAGAAUGCUAUGCAGGACAAGUUGAUAAAACCACCACUCCAUACGAUGUUCAAACUAGCUGUUUAGAAAGUUAUUUGACACAUAUGAACAGAAAUACUAGCGCAAUAGGUUUAGGAAGGGAUGCAUAUGACUGGCUUGAUUCGCUCGGCAAAAAAUUACAUAUUCGAUUAAGACGACAAGCAAGGAAAGGUUACUACCGGCUGCGCGUAAGGAAAGAAAUACGUGCAUUAAGUGAGGACGAAAGGGAUAAAUUUUUCGACGCAGUAAAAGCCCUUAAAAGAGACACGUCGGUUUCACCAAACAAGUAUGAUUCUUUUGUUGUUAUGCAUAUGGGAGGCGCCGGAGACUCUGCACAUGGUGGUCCAAACUUUGUAAGCUGGCAUAGAUAUUUCUGCGUGUUAUUUGAAAAUGCCCUGCGGGGAGUAAAUAGAAGAAGCAGAUCAGUGACUCUUCCUUACUGGGAUUCAAGAGCUGAUUAUUUGAUGACGAAUCGCCAGGAUUCUAUCUUAUUUACUGAAAUAUUUCUAGGGAACCCGAAAGGCGUUGUUUAUUCAGGUCCAUUUGCAUAUUGGUCAACUCUAACUAAACCAGCCACUUUGUUAAGACGUGAUGUAGAUACAUCUGGUUGGCCUAUUGAUCCAGAAACGAUAAAAGACGUGUUUAAAAAAAGAUAUCACCGAGAAAUCCUGACCCCGACAGCUCCAGAUAGCGAUUAUGCCAAUUUGGAGUCACAUCAUGAUAUGGUUCACUGGUAUGUCGGCGGAAGUAAUGGCCAUAUGACUGACGUAGAUUUAAGUCCAUCGGACCCUGUUUUCUGGCUUCACCAUUGCUUCGUAGAUUACCUUUGGGAACAAUUUAGAAAAGGGCAAACUAGAUUAGGAAUAAAUUCGGAAACAGACUACCCAGUUGCACAAGACACUAAACCAAGCCACCAGCCAAAUAGAAAUAUGGAUAAUUUGAUACCAUCAAAGACGAAUAUUCAGGGGUUUAGUAAUUCAUUUACAAAACAAAUUUAUAGAUAUGCAGAUGCCCCUACUUGUGAAAACAGAUGUGGAGAAGCGUAUACCGGAUUUUUGUUCUGUGAUAAAACUAAAAAUGCAUGUGUUUCAAGAUCUAGGUAUGAUUUUAUUGGUGUUAACGGCUUUAGUAAGGUUAAGAAUUGGUACCCGCCAAUUCAAAAGGGAAAAAGGGUCACCGUUCCAACAAGCAUCAAGAAUAUGAAACCUACGAAACAACCAACGAAAACAGAGAUAAAAAAUGAAUUAGGGGCUGAAGCCGACGUAUUAACGGGAACUACAAUUCUUUCAGCAUUCUCAACUAAAGAAAACACAGAAUUAACUAAAACGUCAGCAGCUCCGAAAAUUACUAAAAGAUUCAAGAUGCCCUUCGCUAAACCAAGGCGUCGCAGAUCAGUUAAGUACACUUUAAAUGGCGAUAAUUUGAAGAUUGGGUUAGAUAUAAAUCUUCGUAUGAUACAAGAGAGAAAAUCUAGUUCUUUGAGUGAGACUUCAAAUAAACUCGACAAUUUAGCACUGUCUCCAAUAGCAAUAACAAACAAACACAUAAUAAAUCGAACCCCGGGACAUGAUGAAAUCAAACAGCAAAGAACAUUUAAUAUUACAUUUCAAACUGAUGGAUUUUCCUAUCGUGGAAGACAUAUGGACUACAUUUCUGUAGAUGAACGCACACUCACGUCUGAAUCUGUUGGUGUUAUUGCCUUUGAGAAGCCAUUAGAUGGUGAAACAAAAGCAUACGUUAGGGUGUACGACUCAAACGGUGUAAUGUGUCAACCGAGUUGUCUGGUAUCACAAUCAAUGUAUAAGGAAUGUUCGGGACUGAUCAAGAUCACGUCCGAGUCUCCUCGUAUGUACGUUGAUUCAUAUAAUGGCGCGUUUGAUUCCGAAAUAACACCGUUUCUGAGAUUUGUUUGUGUAAAUUAAGGUUAUUUUCUUACUUUUCACAUGUAUGUUCAAAAAUGUUGUGAAGAAAAUAAUCAAUUUGAUAGAAUCAAAUAUAAUAAAAGAAUUAUCAGAGGAAA